AGGGCCCACACUGGGGAGAGGCCCUACGAGUGUGAUCAGUGCAGGAAGAGGUUUCCAAGCAGCUCUGAUCUCCUCAAGCACCAGCGCACGCACACAGAGGAGAGGCCCUUCCGCUGCCCCGACUGCGGGCAGGGCUUCAGGCGGAACUCCCAUCUUGUCCUGCACCGGCGCAUCCACACUGGGGAGAGGCCCCACGAGUGUGAGCAAUGUGGGAAGAGCUUCAGGCACAGCUCCACCCUGAUCCAGCACCAGAGGACCCACACUGGGGAACGGCCCUACAAAUGUGGGGAGUGUGGGAAGAGCUUCAGCCAGCGUUCCAGCCUGAUUGUCCACCAAAAGAUCCACUCUGGGGAGAGGCCCUACGAGUGUUCCAAGUGUGGGAAGGGGUUUCGGAUCCGCUCCCAUCUCCUCCAGCACUAUCAGAGUCACACAGAGGAGAGGCCCUUCUGCUGCCCUGACUGUGGGAAGGGAUUCAAGCAGAACUCCACCCUCGUCAGGCACCGGCGCAUCCACACCGGGGAGAGGCCCUACGAGUGUCCCCAGUGUGGGAAGAGCUUCUCCAGCAGCUCUCACUUGACCCAACACCAACGGAGGCACCGGUGAGGGAAGCCCUGCGAGUGCCCCGAGUGCGGGAAGAGCUUCGUGCGCUGCUCCAGCUCCAUCCCCCACUGCAGGAGCCACGCUGGGCACAGCCCUGGUGACCCACGUUCCCUGUGAUCCAUGCUGGGAACACACCUGACUGCUUCUCCUUUUGGUUUGGCUUUAAUUUUUUACUCUUCUUCUUCUCUUUGCCCUCAAAAAGCCAAGAGGGAUGGAUCUGUCACCUCAAUACCACUCAAAUCCCACUGAAAACAACUUAAUUUUAACCCAUAAAGGCUCAAUCCCUCAAAUUGCUUGUUCCCUCCUCAAAAAAACUCAAUCCCAGGCCAAACUCACUCCAUUCCACAGCCACCAGGGUGAGAUGGGGUUGGAAGGGGAUUGGGAGCAGUGGGAUCCCAAUUGGGAGCGGUGGGAUGGGGAUUAUGUGGGGCUGGCUGGGUGGGAUGUAUUUGACAGCAAAUAAAACUUUCAGAGUUACUGAUUUCUGUCCCAUUCAUUUUCAGUCAGUUCUGUUUGCAGAGUGCCGCCUUCUCAGCUGAUUAAUUUGCUAUAGAAAUGGAAAUUUUUAAAUCAUCUAAGCCAAACAAUCCAAAACCCAAUAUCCAAAUACAAGCACUUAACCACAAUUAAAUUUUGAAAAAUAAUUGGAAUUGUUUGAGAGUACUUAAGGGUGUUAUUAAAGUUUAAUUGUUUGGUUAAAAUGUAGGAGAAAUUCUAGUGGUGCUUGGUUUUGUGUUUAGUAUGUUUGUAAUAUGAAUUGUUUUACUAAGGUGUGUUAGAUUGUAUGAUAGUUUUUUAGAUAUUUUUAAUCUAUGGUAUAUUAGUUAUUGCAUUAAAAUUUUCAGAAGGUGAUUCUUGGUAUAUAAUUUGUUUAUAUUUAUUGGUAAUAUUAUAGUAAUUGUUAUUGUUGUUUUGGCUUGAAUCAUUGCAGUAUCGUAAGGAAAAAUAUUUCAUUUUUAUUAUAAUUUAUUUAAUUGUAAUUUUAGCUUAUUGAUUUAUAAUUUUGUUAUCAGUUGUUGAGAGGAGAGGAAGGAAGUUCAAGGGCAGGAACAUUUUUUCCCCAGCUUGUGCAGCCCAAGUCUGGGUGCCAUUCAGCCCAGAGCUCUGGGAUAAUAUUGUAGUGCCUCCCACACACAUUCUGCCUCCAAGAGAAGCUUGGCUUGGCUUAUUAGAGUGAAAUAAAUAGAAGCGUAAUAAAAU